AUGACCACAGAAUAUCGUUCAAGCGGUGACGAGUGCAAGAGAAAACGAGAUUGCGUUGAGGAUUCGGCUAGAGAUCCGGACAGGAAACUGAAAACGGCCCUACUGUCGUGGCUUAAUAACAAGAUUUUUGACGACCAAGACCAGCACGAAAUUACUCCUGAACUGUCUUACCAAACUACUGAUACGCGGGACGUCAAGAUAACCGUCCAACUAGAUACCCCUCGACGCAAGCGCACUUCAAGAUAUUUAUGCGAGCGAGAUCGAUGGGAGAUCAUCAAGCGGAUCGAAGGCGGUGAGCAGCAGGUUACUCUCGCUAAGGAAUUCAGUGUCAGCCGCGCUGCAGUUUGCAAUCUCUACAAAAAUCGCCGAGAAAUACUUGCCCGCGCUGCAAAUGACCCGAAAGCAACACACCCAAAGAAAUCCCACAAAACGAAAGCUAGCUCCAUGCAGCUUCAAUCGACGAGCUCAGUUUCUCCAACGGAUAAGGAAGAAGCAGCGUUCCCUCCAAAUUUACCAGGCGAUAUGGGUCAGGAGGAUCUCGACGGAUUUCAGCUUCGAUAUUCUCACAACGAUGAUUCAAGUAGUAUGUCCGGGACUGAAGAUGAGACUACUACAUCAAACCAAUACAGGAUCCAUGCAAGUGACCAACGAGAUCCCAUUCAAGGUAUGAUGCAAGAGCUGACAGUUUCCCUGCCAUUCCAAGUACACGAGGCCUCGGCACGCUCACGCCACUGUAUGAACUUGGUCGCGACCCUGCGGGAUAAAAACAUUAGCACGUCGAUGUUUCAACAACGAUCGGCACGCUUGGCACAACUACUGAUUGAAGAAGCUCUGGCAUGUUUGCCACACGAUACCGUAGACGUCACGAAUCAGUGUGGAGAUAUCUGCCGUGUGACGAAGACACUGGAUGAACGCGAUAUCUGCGGAGUGUCCAUGGAAGGCCGGGGCCCAGCAUCACCUGUUGGCAUCGUUUCGGUUGAUUCAGAAAAUAUUGGCGACUGCGAGUGUUUGCCAAGCGUGAAGGCUCAUAUACCGAUAGUACGCCCGGAACAAGUUGUGCUUCUCUUCGACAUUCAAUGUGCAACGGGAAAUGAGGCAUGUGCUGUGCUCCAUCAUCUCAUUCACGAAAAACAAGUUGCCGCUGAUCAGAUUUAUUUCGUGACGCUGAUCAGUUCCCUCGAAGGAUUACAGAAGGUAUCUCGAGGAUUUCCAGGUGUGACGCUCGUGACAGCGCAAAUGGACACUGUGUUGGACGAGCAACAACGCAUUCGACCUGGUAUUGGCGAUUUCAUGCAACGCUUCUGGAAUAUUGGAGCAAACGAAUCUAUCGUGUGA